GAUUUCUGCAGUUUCAUGUGGGCGACAAAACAAAGCAGACCUCGAUAAUGAAAACUGUAUGCAAAGCACUCCCGCUGCUGCUUUUGUUACAAUUGCUGCCGCAACGAGAAGCAACGGAGAGCACACGCUGCUUGUUGAGCCUGACGGCAUUUCUGGAGAGUCACGAUGUGGCCGGCGUAGGCAAUACCAAGCACUGCUUUGCCAGCUACUUGCCACAGCUGGAGCAAAUGGGCGCAAGCUGGUCCAAGGGCUACGACAACUGUCUGCAGCAGGCGAGCAGUGUGCGCGGCAAAGUGGUACAGAGUGUGGCAGCGGUGCAGCAAAUUAUGCGGCAGGCAGCGUUGAAAAUCAGCUCAUACAUCAGUCAGUGCGUGCAGCUAACAGAUGCAUUGGAUAUGUUCGACUGCUUUGGCAAACUGGCCAAGCUGCAGUUGGCCAGCAUGUACGCCAUUUCCUUUAACGCCUCGGAGUAUGCCUUGAGCCUGACGCAGCAGCUCAGUCAUAUCGAAGUGGAGCGUUAUCUAUGCACAAAUGCCACUGAGCAGCGCUAUGUGAUGGGCACGGCGGGCGUCUUUAAUUCGCUCGACAAUUGCCUGCAGCAGGCCAACACGCUAGACUAGAUUAAACUUCGACUUCGACUAGUAACUAAGCUUAUUUAUUUAAGAGUAAAUUCUA